UCUUCCUUGAUCCUUGACAGUCUUGUUGGUUGGCAGGAGGUUUUCCCUGUUUUUAAUUUCUUGGUUUUCCUGUCACUUAGUUUUUAUUUUGUUUUGUUUAUCAAAUCAGUUUUAAUUUCUUGGUGGAUCUGCCAACAUUCUAAAUUUGAUACAAUGACCGUGUCCGAAUAUUUUCAUAUAAAGCAACAAGUAAUGCUAUCCGUGAGUUCCAGCGAUAGAUUAAACCAGACAAUAAAUGAACUAAAGGAGUACUUUAAAGAAAAAAUAAAUUCCCCUAGGAGAUGUGAACAAAUCAAGACUAUUGGACAAUUAUUACAUGUAUUAGAAAUAAGAGACUUGUUAUCUGAAAAUAAUGUGCAGGCCUUGAAAUAUAUUGCUCUCUAUUUAAGUGAUCAAGGACUUGUAGACAAGUUAAAUGAUUAUGAAAGAUGUCACACUCCAAAAUAUUGUAAUAAUUAUUACAAUCUUGAGAACUCAUAUAGUGUAUCACAAAAAGAAACUUUCAAAAAUGUCUCCAACAAAAAUCCUUAUAGUGACAUGAGCAACAGAAAAAUCCAAAGGAUACACAAAACUGUUAUUGAACAGAUUGGUACAUUCUGGCGUGAUUUGGCUAGAAAUCUUAAAAUCAGAGAGUGUGAUAUUGAUUACAUUGAUAAAAAUUAUCAUUCACUUCCAGCUAAAGCAGAAAGGAUGUUCCAAAUAUAUAUUGACAACAAUGCAGAUAGCCAGAAGUGGUUAUUGGAACUUUGUGAAGCUUUGGAAAAAUCACGUAGGAAGGAUUUAGCAAAAACACUGAAUCAUAUUUUAACUAUGAAUAUUUGAUGAGUUGUUAUUGUACCUACUUAACAUUUAAGUUAUAUUUUUAUACUGUGUACAAUAUAUCUAUCAGUUUACUUGCAGGAAA